UGGGUUUGCGUGUAUGUGUGUGUGUAUGUGUGUGUGUGUUGGCAGGGUUAGCUGUCUAACUCAAUCUGUCCAAGCUCAUGUUCCUGUCAGGGUUAGCGUAAGCCAGCAGUCAGAUAUGUCAGACACUAAAUGCCAGUUUCAGGGGAACAAAGUCACUUUAUUAUUUUUUUUUUUGCCUCCAUUUCAUAUGUAGAGCUCAAGGAAACAAAUCGCAAGACAAGACUGUGGAGGUUACUACUGUACGAGCGGGUGUCAGGGAGGAAGAUGAAGAAGAAUACUGACUAGAGACAGACAAUUAUACAGCAGGGAAGACUCUACUACAAAAUAUGCUGAUGUGCCAUGUGUGUGUAUGUGUGUGUGUGGGUGCAUGUGACAGGGAGGUAACACAUGGUGAUGCUGUUCCUCUGGAGGAGACAGAGAACUGUCACAAUCUGCUCCUCAAGCACUCUUUUUUUCUCCCUCUCUCUCUCUCCAUCCCUCUGGCUCUGUCUCUCUGUUUCAGAAGAGCAGUCAAAAUGAUUGAGUUUUUUUUUCUUCUUUUUUUUGGAGGGGGGUUGCUGUGAAAUAACAAAAUUGUAGCCUCUGCGAGCAGUGAUUUUUGUGAAGUGGCUGUUGCCAGUCUCUCGCUCAUUCUCACACAUUACAGCCUCCCUCUCCCUCCCUCUUUUUUUGCUCUCUCUCUCUCUCUUUCUCUCUCCCUCUCUCUCAUGAAUGUCACCUCUACUGAUGGUGGCUGCUGGAAUUCACGCACACAUACUCUCACAACCGCUCGCUGACUUUGGAUGGGAGGAGGAGGAGGAGGGGGAGGAAGAGGAGGAGGAGGAGGUGGAGGAGGAGGGAGGGGGGUCUCGGUGAGGACUGUGGGAAAGGAGCGUGCCAUCGGAGGCAGAAGAGGAAUCUCUGUCUGUCUGUGUCCAUGUCUCUGCUGCUCCGUUCAGGGCUUCAUUCCCGCAAAGACCGCCGACGUCCCGCCCGCCGUUCUACCUCUGGAUUUAAGUCGGCUGCUGGAUUACCGCUCGCACCCCCGGCUCAUUAUUCCACGCUGCCACAUUUAAAUGGGAGGCAAAGUUGGACCUCCGUGGACUACACAAAUGGUGACAAACAGUUUGGUUUCUCUCGCGCUUUCAGGAGCUUCCUAGCAUUCAAAAUGAUUUCACUUUUCUUCAGUAAAAGUGUUUUUAUAUGUAAAAACAUUUGAGCGCCUUCUCUUUUGGUUGUUGUCUAGUCAAAGUAGGUUUUGCAAUAUCAUAUUUUGAACUUGGCUAUUGAGGCACCCUUUAAUGUGAAAAUGAGUGGGGAAGAGGGGUAGAAAUAGGUCUCCGUCUUUCCCUUUUUAAAAAGUCAUUCUAACCUUUCUGUUCUUUUUCAAAUUGAAAAUGUGACUGUGGCACUUUUUCGUGUGCUCCCUUAUAGUGUCAUAUUUGUUAUUUUUGGUCAGAGAGGAGGCUUUACAUUGGACUGCAGGUGAACUUGCAUCUCCUCCAGUUCUUCCCUCUCCAAGGGAACCCUCAAACUAAACUCUUCCCUGUUAACCCACUUAGACGGCCCGAUCUCCCCUGUGGGGGCUUCUCUGAACCGUUUGUCCUACUCCAGUUUUUUUUGAGGAAAGCAAAAGCCAAACCAGCAGAAAGGGGGGGUACAGGGAAGGAAGACAACCCCCCUCCCAAAGGUGAGAGGGGGGGAAGAUGGCAGCUCUCGCCAGCUCUCUCAUCAGACAGAAACGGGCGGUCAAGGAGGACCCAGGCAACCGACCGGUAGCCAACAAGCGCAAGCCCUGUCCUAAGAGCAACAAGUCCUUGUGCCAGAAACAGAUCCUGGUCCUGAUAUCCAAAGUGCGACUAUGCGGGGGUCGAAAAGGUCGAAACGAGAAAAGACCGGAGCCACAGCUGAAAGGCAUUGUUACUCGGCUAUACAGCCAACAUGGAUACUACCUGCAGAUGCAGCCUGACGGCACCAUGGACAGCACAAGGGAUGAAAGCAGCUCAUUUUCUCAGUUCAACUUAAUUCCGGUGGGACUGCGGAUUGUGGCAAUCCAGGGAGCAAAGACAGGAUUAUACCUUGCCAUGAAUAGUGACGGACACCUCUAUACCUCGGAGCACUUCAAUCCGGAGUGUAAGUUCAAGGAGAGUGUGUUUGAGAACUACUACGUCACAUACUCCUCCAUGCUCUAUCGCCAGACCCAGUCUGGCCGCUCCUGGUAUAUCGGUAUCAACCGUGACGGCCAGGUCAUGAAGGGCAACCGGGUAAAGAAGACCAAAGGAGCUGCACACUUCCUGCCUAAAGUUAUAGAGGUUGCGAUGUAUAAGGAACCGUCGCUACACCAGCUCGCCGGCGAACCGGUGAGUCCUCCUCGGAAGACGGUGAAGACGUCGGAUUCGCCGACCCUAAAGAGCGGACGGAAAGAAGCUCCCAAGGCUGAUGCCUCAUAGCACAGGAGACCGAGGGUGGGACAAAGGGCAGCAGUGACACUGGGAAUAUACAGUCAGCCAUUAUGCACUGAGGGUGGCUGAGGGAACGGACCCUCACUGGCCGCCACGUUCCAGAAGUGCACUGCUACGAGAUGCUGAUGGAGAAACGGUCAGCAGUACAUCAGCAGCCAAGAAGGCCAGAGAGAGGAAUCCCCCCCUCAACUGUCACUGCAGAAAGGGCCUGAGCCAGAACUACUACCACCUCCCCCUCCCACUGUUUGUCUCUUUCUCUUGUGACUUCCUAAUGCACAGUCUCCUUCAUUCCUCUGUCAUGCUCAAGCUUCUUUGUCCCGCUGACAAUUUCCUCUUUUCUCACAUGCCCUACCGACCGCCUGCUCUAUUGUACUGUAUAUUCACCACUCGCGCAUUUUCCAGCGCUGACUCGGCACCGUAAUCCUCACCCGUGGGCCCCCUUCUCUUGAGCCCUAAAGUUGGUGACAGUGUGGCUCAGCCAGCUUUCCACCCACCAUCUGCCGCAGCUAAGCUAAUCACCAAGGUCAACUAAAAGCUCAAAGUGAGAUGAAACAGCUCACAGAGGAAACAUAUCUGCAGGGAUCCUGGGCCAGGUCAGGUCAGGUUAGCUGAGCAAAGAUAAGGGUAUGAGAAGAAAGUGUGGACAAAAUGACAGCUAGAGGAGUUUAUGAUAUUAAAUCUAUUAGUAUUAUUAUCAUUUUUUAGUAUUUCAACCAAUCCUGUGAUAAAUAUUUGAAUUCAUGACAGCCCAGAUGGAAAUGGGGUACGGAAACUGCCUUUAAAAGAUGAUUAAGAUGAUAAUAAUGCUCAAAACAAUAGCAAGGCGGUGAUGAUAAUGUAAAAAAAUGAUGGUGAAGACAAUGACAAGAUCAGGAUUUUAGAAUUCCAGAAGAUGUAUGAUAGAAGAUUUAUGAAGAGAGGCACUGCUUGCAUAAGUGUCAUAUAUUAAAAUAAAAUAAAAUAAAAUAAAGCCACUAUUCUUCCUGGGAAGAUGAGCCAUAAAAUAGAGCAUACAUUACGAGAGUUUUUACUCCACCUGAGCAAUAUAACAAGCCAAAACAUAAAUCUCAGUGAGGGAAGCAAAAACAAAACGAGUGCGUGGACGGGUGAGAGAGUGAGCGACACCCUUCUCUAUACCAGGUGACCCCUUCUUAUCGCAAUGGCUCAUUUAAGGCUACGCACGAACAACUGGGUCAUGUUUUAAAUCCACGAUGGAUCUGAACUCAGCCACCUGAAGGGAAAAAACUGUAGUGUAUACUUCACUCAGCAUCUGCUGUCAGCAUAAAGCCAGGUUUUUGAAGGCGAACAUCAAAGCCAGAGGAGCCUCUGAGCUGGAGCACUUGUUAUUCUGAGGAUGUCUGGCAGCUUAUCCCACUCACUAGCUUUAUCAAAUCACCUUGGAAGAAUCGCCCCUCAAAAAGUGUAGUUGUCUGAGUGAAUGUUGUGUGAUUGUGUUUUAACCCCCAUGUGUGUGGAUGUGUAUGGAUGCACUGUGUGUGGAUAGAUCGAGAUAAUGUGGGUAACCUCUACCACGUCCUUCAGACAGGGCACGACAUUGUGUCUUUAGUAUGUCUGUGAAUAGGUGAUACCAUGUGGGAACAUCUGUCUUGCGUACCAUUUUCACUUACUUUAGGGAGUCAAAUACAUUUUAAAACAGCAGGGAGGAGGAUUUAUGGGUAAUGAGGACUGAACACAUAUAAAGGGAACAUUAAUUUAAUAUUUUCAUUAGGUGCAAUCAACUAAUGUUUUGGUUCGGGGUUGGGCGAUAUGGAGAAAAUCACAAUAAUUUUGACCAAAUACCACGAUAUUGAUAUUGCAACGAUAUUUUAGGGUUGACAUUUGGUGCGUUCACAAAAUAUUUAGACAAUAAGACUUUUGAUAACUCAUCAUCAGUCACUGUAAUGCAGUCUUUAAAGCCAGGAAAAGACAAACACGUAUGCCAUAUCACGAUAUUACAAUAUCCAAAAUCUAAAGACAUCUCGUCUCAUAUCACAAUAUCGAUAUAUCGCCCACUGGGUCUCUCAAUCAGAUACAAUUUCAGAAAAAACAUGCAAUGACCUGAUAGAAGUUGAGGCAUCUAAAUGGGAGCUGUCAGGGUACUGGUUGUUGCUGUGCUCUGAUAAGCCACUGAGGGGAAAUAAAAUGUCACCCCAAUGUUCAGUCAAAGUGAAUUUGCAUGGAUACCACCAACAAACACAGACAGCAGUAAGUCCCUUGUUAUGUCAGGAUGAGCAACGCUGGGAGAUGUGGAAGGCAAACUGUAAAAAAAAAAAAAAAAAAAAAACGCUCAUUAUAUGGUCGCUAACAAUCAGAGAUAAUCUCCAGGAGGUUCAAAGCAAUGGGGAUGGCGUCUAAUUUUAAUGGUAACAUAAUGUGAAGACGGGUUACAGAAUGUGAAACGGGAGGCUUUACGAAUGUGCUGCAUUGAGGGUGAGAGUAAGUCUGAAACAGUGUGUUGAAUUGUAAAAGAGGUCAGCGCACGGAGGCAGUUAUUUAGAAAGAGUGAAGGAUUAGCAGGUGUAUUCUUGAGGAAUGUCGAUAAGGAAUUUCUGCAGUAAAAGUGAGCGAGAUUCUUGGCAGGGUUUUCUGCGGCGUGUGGAUAUGAUAAUUAAUGUAAGACAAAGAGGCAUGUGAGGCACUGUGCGCUAUUUAUGACAAGGGGGUCUAUGGAGGAAAUUAGUUGGAGAGCUUUGCAUUUUUCCCAUUAGGUCUUUCAUUUUCUGGGCUUUUCCAGGGGGAAUAUCAUUCAGUACAAAUUUGGAUAUUUUGUCCUUGUAGCAGAUUUUGCAUUGUAGACCUACAUAUCUCUAUUUUUUGACGAGCCUAUGCUCCCUCUCCCCGGUGGAUUUGGUACGGCCUAGAAUGGUUUCUAACUGUUUGCAUUACUAACUACUCUGUGAAUGAUAUCAAAGUGUGUGCACAGCAGGUAGUAUACAACGCUAUGGGCUUAUUUCAGCUGCCAGUACUCAAGCAGUUUUCAAUUUUUCCGUAUUCCAUUAAUGCCAGUGCACAUUUCAACGUUGAGCAUAAGUCUGUUCUAUGAAAGGAAAGUAUCUGGAGGUGCAAGGCAUUGACUGAGUGACAGCAAGGGAAACUUGCAUGCCAAAAUGAGGCAUAAUGGCAUUUUUUUCUCCAAGUCUAUACAGUAGGUCUGCACCUUAUCAUUACUUUAAUUAUCAAUUAAUUUGUUUAUUAAUCAUUUUUGUUUUAAAAAAUGCCAGAAAAUGGUGACAAAUGCCUGUUAUAGGUUCCCACAUCCCACACGGACGUCUUCAAAUGCCAUAUUUUGGUCCGACUGAGAGUCCAAAGCCCAUAGAUAUUCAGUUUACAAUGGUAUAAAACAGAAAAUUAUAAAAUCAUCACAGUCCUGAAGCUGCAACCAGCAAUUUUUGGGGUUAUUUGUGCUUGAAAAAUUACAAAAACGAAUCAUUGAUUAUCGAAAUAAUUGCCGAUUAAUUUUCCAUCAAUUGACUUAUCGUCUAAUUGUUGCAGCUCUACUAACAACUCCACUGAUCUAGUAAACCUGGCAUGAAAAUAGUUGAUUUUUAAAGAUGCUCUUACUGGAUUUGUUACAGUAGAGCAUCUACUCUAAGUAAAGGUAUUAACCCUCACCAUGAUUUAAAUGUACCUUUAUCGCUUUAUUGUGUUAAACAUCAGAGAGAUCCAAAACCUCCAUAGAUUUCCUUCCCAAAAAGCAACCAGUCCUUACUAUCGUAAUACUGAAAGAAUGCCACAGUAAGUUGUCCGACGGGGAUACUGCAAGUAGACAGGACAGGAACAGAGAAUGUAAAGUAGUCCGAUGUCGAAUGUGAAGUGUAGAACGAAUAGAAUGUGAGACAGGAAGAUCUAAAGAGAACAGUACGUUUUUACAAUGAAUGUGAAGUAAAGUCUUGUCGAGAGGUUGUCAGAGACAAGUAAGUGCAAUUGAAGGAAACAGAAAGUCGGAUUUUUGGUCAUGCAGCUAUUAAAUGAAACUAGUUCUGCUCUUGAAUGUAAAAGUUAUGUGAGGUUGAUGGGAAAAAACUAGCCAUAGAGUAGCAGAGGUAUUAAGAGGAUCUUUGUUAUUGUAGUUUGAAGAAAUGUGAAUAUGUUGAACAGCGAGGUGGUAACAUGGAAAAAUAAAAAUACAGACAUAGCUUGUGUGCCCACGCACGAGAGAUUUAAAGUCAUAAUCCCUUCCCUACACACCUCUCUUUAACCACAGCCUACAGUAUCUACAGCCCAUUAACUUCCUUUUGUUGUCUGUGUAGGCGUAUACUUAACAGUGUGUUUAAAAGUCUGUGUGUUUGUAUGUGUGCAUCUAUGAUUAAGGGUAAGAUAAGAGAGGCAAGGAGAAAAAAGAAAGGGCAUGAGAAUGAAACAAUGAUCGAUAGACUCAAUAAAAAACACAAAAGAGAGAACGGCCACCCUGCGAUGGGUGCAAAAAAAAAAAAAUUUCCCCAAGGUCUGCCAGAGACAGCGAAAUCCAUUCGCUCAUAAUGACCUCAGAGGGCUGUUGUUUGGUCUCUACCUGUAAACUCAACAUGGAAUCCAGUUGGACGACAACAGAAAGGGGUUUUCCUCAGGGCCAGACAACCAGUGUUUGAAACAGUGUGAGCAUCAGCAGCCAUACUAUCCUUUGAGACACAUAUCCACUAAAGGUAGCACAGGUGCAUAAUAACAUAAAACACGUCCCCAAACUUGGCCUAUACUAAAAGACUGAGUCAUUGGAGAAGCGGUGGAGCGUUGCACCUUACAAGCACUGGGCAUUGCUUGAAGCAUUUUACAAGUUAACUCGCUGUCUUCGGAGGUUCUUAAGGGAUUACAACAAACAAACAGGGAAUUCUGCUACUUUACAAGAGUUAGUGGGAAUAACAGGCAAUAAUGAACAGUAAAACUGCAGCUACUUAGCCACCGCCAAUGUUUGAGCAGUGCAGUAGAGUUUUAAAGCUUUUAUUGCACUGUCCAACUCCAACAUCCAGGGAAACUUUUUGGAACAAUCCUUGAUAGUAGAGCUGUCGCAAUAACCGCAAUAUUGACAAGCCAACCGCAAGGGGAUGGCAAGCAACCGCCACAACCGCCAUGUUCACGUUUUUACUUUUUUUAAUUCUUUGCCGCAUUUUUUACACUUUGCUACAAACGGUAGCAGCGUGACGAGGUCACGAGCGUCUAUUCUGCGCUGAAGGCUACGUGUUUGGUGUUUUUUUCUGGUCGUCAAGAGUUGGAACAUUUUAUAAUUUAGGUAAAACUCCACAAUGAUCACCCAUCACAUCCUACAUGUAGGCUACAAGUGCUGGACAACAACAACAACAAUGGAGGAGAAAUUUAAACACAUAGACCGGCGGGCCCGUCCUCUUUCCCUUCGUGUUUCGACCUUCCCUUCAUCCAGAGCAAAUACGCUACAAUGUUGCCAGCAUUUUGAUAUUCCGUAUCACAGCAACCAGAUGCAACCAAAGCAUCUCAGCUGGAAAAAAAACGAUGCCCCUCAUUGCCCUUAUUUGUUCUGCAUUUCACAAUAAACAAGUAUUUAAUUCGUUAAAAACUGUCAUCUUUGUCAUUUAAAAAGCAACAAUUAUACCUAAUAAUACAAUAAAGUUAAUUUAUAUAACACUAAAAUCAAGAUAAAGAAAUUUGCAAAAAAGAAAGUUGCAAUAUAACCACAUAUCGCCCUUUUUAGCCAAUUAUUAUCACCGCAAAAAUUCUUUCAACGACAGCCCUACUUGAUAGCAUUUGAUUUUGAAGUGUAUUAAAGAACCAACAAGGCAUUUUUAAUCCCACUGAAUACAGUAUAACAACACCAUGUUACAUUAGCAUUAAUUCAUGUGUACAACAUGCGACCAUUCCAAGCUAUGCAUCUUUUGAUUUUAAGAUUUUACAAAGUGUGUGUAGGAUUUUGUUAUUGUCUUUUUUUUUUCUUUUUUUUUACCAAAAUGGCAAAAAAAAUGUAGAAAUUUCAUGCUCUGGUCCUUUUGUGAAUCACCCAAAAAUCCUCAGAAUGAUCCAACUUAGAAGCAGACCAGAAGCUCAUCACUGUCCAAAAACCACAGUCCAUUCUCACACAGUAUGAUUGCGGUUAUUUGCAGUCGGUACGUUGUCCCAAAAACUGCUGCCAACGUGUUCGAACCAAUAUAUGCAUAAUGAAACGUGUACCAGGCAGUUUGUCACUUUAGAGGGGAAAUCUGUGUAUAACUGGCUCCCUCUAAUGGAAGCAGUCAAGCAGCUAAGAGGUAACACUGUUAAUGAGGGCCACAAAGAAACACUGUAUGGUUUGUAAGCAUCAUUUCUACACAUCAAAUCCAAUCACGCUCAAAAGCUGCUUUACUGUGCUGAGAUAUAAUCCUCACGUUUUCACACGGGAACUGCUUUACCGUUUGAUUUCCUACAAUUUAUGCUGAGGAUCGGUUGUUUACAUCAUGCUGCAAUGUGUGAACGCAACGAAUGCGGUUAUGACGCCUUGUUAUGUGCAACACUUCCAAAUGCUACAGAUCCUCACAUUCGAAAUGUCACUGCUAGUUACUGAUGGUACAUGACAGUAUUCCGUACAGAAGAAUUAGAUCCAGUCAAAUUUGAUAAACAAAACUCUGCUUAGCAAUAUGAAAUACAGCUUUUUUUUUUUUGCAAAAACCUUUUUCUUUGCAAAACCCAAGUGGGGUUAGAAACUAUAUGGAUCAAAUUUUUGGAACUGUUCGUGGUAAAUCAAAUAACCCAAUCCCCCAUCAAAAAAUUAAAAAUAAAUCAGCCCCUAAAUUAGAGUAGGAAAUGGAAGUGUGCCAUGCUCACAGUAUUAAAUAUUGAAAGGAUUAACAAGGUUGAGCCUUGGCUGCAACACUGUGUUUGAAUAUUCCUAAUUAAAUGAGCGUUCACAUUAAAAAGGACACAACCUAGAAGCCAUUUAUUUUGUACUUGUGUGGAGUACUAAUGCUGUUGCAGCAUCAUGUUCACCCUGUUUCAGUAAGUGGCCUCUUUGAGGAAUGCUAAAAAUGUGAAGGAUGCAAAACGUUCCCCUUGACAAUGUAGCAGCAGCGUGCUUCCAGACAACGAAACCUGUCCGGAUGGCUUAAAUGUACGGAAUGCUGCCAGUUUACAUGUAUGUUAUUAUGUCAAUGAUACAAGUAGUGUAUAUCUGACGUACUAUGUCAGAUCUAUUCUUUUCAGAAAUGUAUUUAAAUAAUCAGUGUUGAUGAUUUUUUUUAUUGUCUUUCAGUUAUUUUACCUUGUCAUGUUUCCUUUCUAAAAACUCCUCAGAAGGAGGAAGAAUUCUUGUUGCCCUCCAAAUGUUCCUGUGUUUUUUUGUCUUUAUUCUGCACUUUUGUGUCCACUGAUGUGUCCCCUGAGUGAACAAACUGAAACCCAAUGUGCGACUGAGUUGUGUGUUUGUGAAAGAUGUAAUGUGUUCAAGUUAAAAACAGCAGGAUAACAACUCCUAAAGCCAACACGUGUCCCGUCACACACACACAGCAAUGACCUUGGUGGUCUCAGUUAUACAGUCACGCAAGUCUUCCAGGAAGUUCCCACAACCUCUCGCUCCUACUCUUAUAGACUCUUGGUUUAACUCCAAUCUUCUUGUCUUCCGAAAAACUGACAAUGAAAAGAAAAUAUUAAAAAGAA